UGAAAUGAGCCCUGCUGCUGUUUCACUUUCGAUUCCUAAACAGCGCCUUAGGUUUCUCCACCAUGUCGGCGGCGCAUGAAGACAUCCUGAAAGUCGUCGUCAACAGCCUGAAGUGCUCCAUAUGUUUCGAGCUCUUUGGGGAGCCGGUCACUCUGGCCUGCGGUCACAGCUACUGCCACAGUUGCAUAGAGAGCCAUUUGGUCCGCGGGAGGAGAAACUGCCCUCAGUGCCGGUUUUCGCUCCCAGCGCAGCACAAACUGAGGAAAAAUGUCAGUCUGUCCAACAUCCUGGACCUACAGGAGGCUGGAGGUCGUGAGAUAUGGAACCAAGUGGCGGCGAGAGCAGAUCAUUGCUUCAGUUACGAAAGAGAGAAGCUAACGAGAGAAGCAUUGGUGAGAAGACUGGAGUUCUUAAAGCUGGAGAUAAAAAAAAUAGAAACCUUCCUAACUGAACUGAACCCACAGGAUGAGUCCAUUGUCAUGAAAGAGGACACUCAGACUGCUGAAGUUUUCAGUUGGUCGCUGGACAGUGGAUUAGGAGCUGCUGACAGUGACAGUGGCCUACCUUCAGAACCUGAGGACAGCCUGAAUGGCCUUUCACACAUAGAAGAGUCUGAGGAUGCCCUGCCUGAUCCAGUCAGUGAUCCAGAGAAGAUCAGUGAGGUCCUGCUGGAGGAUAGAGAUGCUCUGGCUGGUUUGACUGGAGCCUGCGGUCUGUCUGAUUCUGCUGCAGUGGGGCUGAAGUUCAGUGAACCUGCAGAGUUUGUGCUGCUCUCCUUCUCACCUACUUUGGGCCACAGACGUUUGGCAUUCGUCCCGGAGAGACGGAGGAUGCAAGUGAGGUCAUCUCGCUCGCCGAUGACCCAAAACAGCCGCUUCGAUGCCUGCCAGUGGAUGGCGUCUCAGGAGUUUUCUGCAGGGAGGCAUUACUGGGACGUGGAUGUGUCGCUGUGCUCUGGCUGGGCCGCCGGUGUGGCGUAUCCGGGCCUGGGCCGGAAUGAAAAGCUCGGCAGAAGCUCCUCGUCCUGGUGCAUUGAGAGGAGCAGCACACGACUGAGUGCCUGGCACAACAACGCAGAGACUCCACUCAAACAGGGCUGCCCUGAGAGCAUCAGGGUUCUGCUGGACAUGGAUAGUGGUCGUCUGUCCUUCUGGAGCCUGACGGACAGACAGGACGAGCUGUACAACUUCCAGGUGGAUUUCUGUGGCCCGGUCAGACCCAUGUUCUGGCUUUUUGGGACACAGCAGAGAAAUGCUCUGAUCUUUCCUGUGACUAACAGAUGAUUUAUCAAAGUCUUUAUUAUAUUGUUUUUUCCUUUUGUUCUGGUUUUGGUUUAAAGCAGUAUUCUUCAGUGCAGCUGGUUAAAGGGUCGAUAUCAUGGGGUGUUUUUUUUAACAAAAGAGUUUGAUACUGUGUACACAAAUAUUAAUAACGUGUUAAAAUGUGCCUGCACUGCCCAGUUCAGAAGAAUUCACUGUUUUUGUUUGUCACAAGCACAUUUACCUAUCCUAGAGGUCAGCAACCCAAAUGUUAAGAAAAGUCAUUUUGUCCUUUCAACAAAUAUCAAACCACCUAGGGAGCCACAACAUAUGUCCUUUUUACCAUCUUGCCUGUAAAUAUGGUAUGUGAUCAUGUACUAGGCUAAAAAAUAUAAACGAAAACUUUCUUUGCUCUGUUUUAAGCUUCAGCUCAGCUAUAGGCUCUUUUCUUGCAUCUCUGGCAGGAAACUUUUCCUUAGAAGUGGAAUAGUUUCUUGUAAAAUGGCUCAACGUUCAACUUUCUAUGAGGCUGAUGUCUUCUCACUUCGCCAGCUGCUUGUUCUAGGUCUGACCUGUAAACGAGUGGGCGUGUUUGUAAUAAACUCAAUGUUUGGCAUUUCUUACUGGCAUGAUGAGAUGAGACACAACAGCUCAUUCAGCUCAAGACUCACUCUAGUCUGACAGGAAGGCAUUCUUACCUGUGGCCAUCAAACUCUAUAACUCCGCCCUCAGUGUGUGAUUCACAAAACUCAAUACGAAACGGUUCAUA